CACACUUCACUGAUUCUUCUACUAUAAACUGAAAAUAACGAAGAGACAAAAUGGGAAAUUAAAAACUUCUGCACAGGAGGUGAUUUCAGGAGUUAGAAUGGUGGUUUUUUUCUCUAGUAUUCUCAGUUUACUUGUUACUAUAGGAAUGGCGGAGAUUCCAGAUGCUUCUUCCUUUAAAGAUUCUUUGAAGCGACGUAUAUGUUUGGAAGGGAAAUCUCAGCUUUUACCACGCUCUUCAGUUAAUACUACAAAACAGUUGUCAGAUUUAAGAAGCGUGAUGAGAAGAUCAAGAAUACAAGCCUAUAUCGUACCCUCUAUGGACGCACACCAGAGCGAAGAUGUUGCGCCACAGUAUCAACGAAGGGAGUUUAUUUCUGGAUUCAGUGGAUCUCAUGGGACCGCUAUCAUAACGUACGCAAAGGCUGCUCUCUGGACAGACGGAAGAUAUUUUCUUCAAGCAGAAAUGGAAUUAGACUGUAAUUGGAUUGUACAAAAAGAGGACUUUUUACGUUGAAAUUGAAAGGUCAACAAGGUAUGAGGGAUCAUAUUUUAAUUACAAUAGGAAUGAAAG